AUGGAUAAUCGCCAGGUUCUGAUUAAUAUCUUACAAGACAUGCAAAACAAUAUUAAGGUGGUGUUGCAAUUAGCAAAACAACCCAGUGAUGAACCAUUGCAAGAGAGAUUCUAUCACUGGCUUAAAGAACGCUUCCCACUUUGGAAGAACAACGAAGAAAUACCUGAUAUAUCGACCUGUAAUCAGUCAAUAGACGAAACGGUGGAUACCGUGAACAGAUUUGCUCAGUACAUAGCGGACGAGAUUGCAAAGGGACAAACGGUGGAUGGAUGUCGGACAAGGCUGCCACGACUCCGGGAAGAGCGAGAAAGAAUGGAAACCCGAUUACGCCAACUAAAGGUGGAUCGAGAACACGAGGAAGCUUUGCAAAGAUCAGAGUUGCAAUCUCGACUUGACCUGAUUCAAGAUCUGAAAACCCGUUUGCGAGAGACGGAAGAACGGACGACUAGCUGUGUUCGCCUGGCAAAAGAAUGCAGAGAAAUGGCAAGGAAAGAAUGGGAUUCAAAAAAUCAGAAACCGCUCGAGGAACAAAAACUUCAUUUUGAACUCCUGAGCGCUCAGCUCGCCAACCUUAUGAAGGAGAAUGCAAUCACGGAAAAUCAGUUAACGAAAUGUUGUGAAGAGCGGAAGCAAGAUGUAGAAACGAUGACUAUUAAAAUGAACGAAGAUAUUCGCCAACGUCAAGAGGAAGUAGAUAAUCUGAAACGUGAAGUUUCACUCGAAAGGAAAAAACUUCAAGAGUUAGAAGAUGCCUUAGCAAUCGUGACAAUAGAUUACGACUUAAUCAUGGAACAACGCCAAAAGGAAGCUGAAGAAGCGCUGCGACGGCAAAUAGAAGAGCAGAUCCGCGAAAAAGCUGCUAUCAAAAUCCAGCGGUGGUACCGUUUCAUUCUCUUUAGAACCAUUAGAGCGCGUCGAAGAAGGAAGAAGUCAAAACGUAAAGUAUCUAAGGAAGUCAAAAGAGCUCCUAUAGAAAGGAACAAGAUAGCUCCUGAAGAAGCACGUCCGAAUAGCGAGUACGAGAGAGAUACAUCCAGAGAAUUAGGUUCCACAGAAGCUGUUCUUGGCGUCCUAGUAGCGCGGAAGUCUGCUAUAAUGCGUAAUAGAAGUUUUGCCGUCUCCGAUGCAACUGAUUUAAAUACAGAAGAUACUCCCUCUGAAUUUGAAGAUGGAAAAGAAUUGGGUAAAAAGAACCCACCGAAACCUAAAAAUAAGAAGACCACUUCUGCUGUUCGUCCCCUCACCGUAAAAAAAGGAACCAAUUCUGCUGACAAGGAAGUGAAGAUCAAGCCUACAACUAGCCAAAAUCGUUCUUCACAAACGGACAAUCGGGUUCCCAAAUCCAAGAAACUUUUUCGGUAGUUACUGUCUGAACAGGCAUAGAAUCAGAAAAUAGGUAUGUAGAAACGUCAUGCUCACUGCGUGCUGGACGCACAUAUUCUCGGUAAUCGUAAUAGUGUAUUCUCUCUCCAUAAACUAUCAGUAUGAUAUAAAAAAAGUGGCAUUGUUGUAGAGUUAGCUUAUACGAAUAUUGUGUGGAAUGUAUUCUGUGCGUCUGGGAACUGCGUAGAUUCGACACUUUUAUAGUGUGAUCGUCUGUCUGCGUGUUGGCAAUUUCUUUGACUAAGACAACCACGUAUUCGCUUUGCUUAUUCUGAAUGACUGCAAUCCACGACAUCUAACAAUAAAACAAAAGGUAUACAACCACA